AUGACCACCUUCAAAGACAAGGUUUGCGAUGCUUUGAAAACCAAAAAUCAAGAUCUUUUGGUUGAGUUGCUCAAAUCGGCAUCCAGUAACAAUUUUGAUUUGACUAAAGAAAUUUAUCCAGACACACUCCGAUUAAUUCCUCAUGAAGCUGCUGGAUUUGGAUUACUCAAAGCUGUUAAAUAUAUGAUUUCCGAUAUGAAAUUUCCUGUUAAUUUCCAACAGCCAACCACAUUGUUGACAUUGUUGCACAUGGCCUGUAGGGAGGGUCAUCUCUCUGUUGUAAAUUAUUUAAUUGAUUCUGGAGCUGAUGUAAAUAUUACGGAUCGUGAAAAAUAUACUGCUCUUCAUUAUGCUGUAGGAGGAAAUUACACUGAAAUUGCUACAAGUCUUAUUAGUGUCACUGGAAUCAAGGUGAACGAAAAAGAUUUUUUAUUUAGAACUCCACUCAUGAGAGCUGUUGAAGCUUGCAAUUUCGAUAUUAUAAAGGCAUUGAUAGAAAAAGCAAAUGCCAAUGUCAAUAUAGUAAACGAUUCAAAUGGAUGGACGGCAUUGCACUAUGCUUCGUAUGCUGGGUUUCAAGAAAUUUGUAAAUAUUUAUUGAAACACGGAGCUGACAGCACUAUUAAGGAUAAAGACAAGAGAUCUGCAUUGUAUUAUGGAUAUGGUCAAUUCGAUGAUUAA